CGGAAGUUGCCUUAACAUUUGCGGAAAACUUCCUGUACGUUUCCCACGUGUGAAUGAUGUGAAGAGGGAAAGAAAUUAAUAUCAAGUUUAAAGAUAAAACUCGAUCUGGGAACAAACUGUGAUAUAAAAUGGCGGAUUUUGUUCAGCAGCAGACUGAGGAGCGGAUCCCGGUGUUGGAGCAACUGGAGAGAGUCGGAUUGUUUACCAAGAAAGAAGUGAAGUCGAUGCUGAGACGAUCCACAGCUCUGGAAUAUAAACUGCACAGAUCUGUACAGAGUAAAGAUGAUUACAUCAGUUAUGUUCAGUAUGAAAUAAACGUGCUGGAGCUCAUCAAGAAGAGACGAGCCAGAAUCGGUUACCACUUUAAAAGGGAGGAGAUUGAGUUUCCCACCAUCCAGAGAGUCAACAGAGUGUUCAGGAAGGCAACGUCCAAGUGGCAGGACGAUGUCCAGCUCUGGCUCUCUCAUGUGGCUUUCUGUAAGAAAUGGGGGACGAAGGGUCAGCUCAGUAAGAUCUUCCUCUCCAUGCUGGCCAUCCACCCCGACAAACCCAAUUUGUGGAUCAUGGCAGCCAAGUGUGAGAUGGAGGACAGGAAUUCUUCUGAAAGCGCUCGGCACCUGUUUCUCAGAGCGCUGCGAUUCCAUCCGGAGAACAAGAAGGUUUACCAGGAGUAUUUCCGGAUGGAGCUGAUGCAUGCUGAGAAACUACGGAAACAGCAGGAGGAAUUGGAACGGGCCAAAAUUGACAUUGGCGAGUACGAGUUUGCUCCAGAGAUCCUGAGCGGCAGGUUGGCUGAAGUCAUCUACAAAGAAGCUACGCAGAAAAUUAAAGGGGCGGAGUUUAUUCUCUCGCUGCUGCAGAUCGCUGUUAUUUUUGACUUCACGAAGGAGCUGCAGGACUCCAUCCUCCAGGAUCUGCAGAGUCAGCACACGGACGACUCGGUCACCUGGGACUUCAUGGCUCGGCGUGAGCUGGAGGUGGGCGGGGCUUCUGAACUGCCCUCUGCUCAGAGUCGUGCCGCCGACAUCGUGAGCAGAGAGGAGCGCUGCAGCGCCGUGUACGAGGAGGGACUCAAGAACCUCAACACAGAACCCGUGUGGACGUGUUACGUGACCUUCUGUGUGGAGAGAUUUAAGAGGAAAACCAACGUCACUGAGCUGAAGGAGAAGAGGAGAGAACGGCUGCUCGGUGUACUUCAGAGAGCUCAUGACGCCUCACUGCUACAGGAGGCUUUCUACAGGACCUGGAUCGACGUCCUGAUCCGCUCAGAGAAACAGGAAGCUGCCGUUCAGGUCGCCGUAGAAGCCACUAAACGCUUCAGCCAGUCGGUGGAGAUGUGGACGUUGAGCUUGCAGACACUGGUGCAUUUAGAGCGUGUGGAGGUGGAGCCUCUGUUCCAGGAAGCGCUGAAGCUCGUGAAUCCCAAGGACAGUUUGCCCCUGUGGAAGCUCCAGGCUGAGUGGAGUGCAGCAUCACAGUCUCCAGAUGAGACAGAAGCUAUGUUUCAGAAAGCUCUGUUAUCUCUCGUCCCGGCCGUUUCCAUGGAGAUGAAGGAACUCUACCUGCAGUGGACCUACAGAACCAAAGGGUACCAGAAAGUGAGGAAACUCUUCAGCAGCCUGCAGGAGCGCCGACCUUUCUCCAGGACCUUCUUCACCACCAUGAUUCAGAUCGAGAAGGAACAAGAGAAGCCUAAGAUGAGUCACCUGAGAGAUUAUUACGAGCGAGCGCUCCGUGAGUUCGGCGCCGACGACGACGAUCUGUGGAUGGAUUACAUCAAAGAGGAGCUGGGUAUCCAUGGCAACGCUGAGAAUUGUGGGAAACUCCAUUGGAGGGCCAUGAAGUGUCUGAAUGGAGAGAGUGUGGAGCGUUUCACAACGCAAUACACACUGCUGCAGACCGGUCACAUCUAGGACACACACACACACACACACACACACACACCAUCUGAAGUGAUAAACCUACUUUAGUGUGAUGAUGAACACAUUUUAUAUUCUGAUGGAUUUAAUGGACGUGAACUUUAGUAACCUUUAAAACCCCCACAGAUGUCCUGACUGAGUUUAACCUAAAACUGUAAAGUCUACGAUUUGUCUCUAGUUGUUUAGGGUUUAUUCUGGAAACACGUCUUGUAUUUACAUUUUGUUGGUCAGACACACAGAUGUUUGUGAGUUGUGUUUCAGUAAUAAACACUUUGUUGACGUCG